UGUGCGUUGUAGUAGGUUUCUCGCAGUUCUGCGGGGAUGUGCUGAAUCUGAACGGGCUUGUUUUAAAGCCGCCCCAGCAGCGAACAUAUCGCUCCACGGUAGGAGCUGGAGCUGAGUUCAGUUUUCGUCCUCUACCUCCAUCCCUCUCCGGAACCUUUAUUAUUAUUUUUUAAAUUAAAGUCAAGAAUGUCCUGGCGGAGAGGACUGUAGUAACAUUUUUUCUUUUUACCUGAGACCGUGGGAUACCUUUGCUUUGCACCGCACCAAGCUCCAUUAUCUGCGACGUGUUUUUUGUAUUUUUUUUUAUUUUAUUCUGUCGGAGAAAUAAGAGGACUCCGGCUUGUGUGCAACACUCAGAAUAGAGGAGGUUCCACUGGUUCGUUGGUUGGUAGAAGAUGGGGCUACCCGCUCUGGAGUUCAGUGACUGCUACCUGGACAGCCCACAGUUCAGGGACCGGCUCAAGUCCCACGAAUCGGAGCUGGACAAAACCAACAAGUUCAUCAAGGAGCUGAUUAAAGACGGCAAGGCGCUGAUCCAGGCUCUGAAAUGUCUGUCGACGGCAAAGAGGAAGUUUGCUGACUCCCUGAACGACUUCAAAUUCCAGUGUAUUGGAGACGCAGAGACAGAUGAUGAGAUAUGCAUAGCCAAGUCGCUUCAGGAGUUUGCAGCUGUCCUACAAAACCUGGAGGAUGAGAGGACGAGGAUGAUCGAAAAUGCCAAUGAUGUGCUGAUUAUUCCGCUGGAGAGGUUCAGGAAAGAGCAGAUCAGCGCAGCCAAGGAAGCCAAGAAAAAAUAUGACAAAGAGACGGAGAAGUAUUGUGCAGUGUUGGAGAAGCAUCUUAGCCUUUCAGCGAAGAAAAAAGAGUCCCAUCUACAUGAAGCAGACAGCCAGGUUGAUAACGUGAGGCAGCAUUUCUAUGAAGUUUCUCUGGAGUACGUCUUUAAGGUGCAGGAGGUCCAAGAAAGGAAGAUGUUUGACUUUGUGGAACCUCUCUUGGCGUUCCUUCAAGGCCUGUUCACCUACUAUCACCAUGGCUAUGAGCUGGCAAAGGACUUCAACCAUUUCAAGACUGAUCUCACUAUCAGCAUACAGAAUACGAGGAACCGUUUUGAGAGCACACGGUCCGAGGUUGAGAGUCUGAUGAGGAAGAUGAAGGAGAACCCUCAUGAGCAUAAGAGUGUGAGCCAGCACACCAUGGAGGGCUACCUGUUCGUACUGGAGAAGCGCUCCUUUGUUUCCACUUGGGUUAAGUACUACUGCACAUACCACCGUGAGCCCAAGAGGUUUUCCAUGGUUGUAUUUGACCCCAAAUCUGGGGGCAAAAUGGGCGAGGAGGAGAGCUUCACCCUGAAGUCGUGCACCAGGAGGAAGACAGAAUCCAUAGAAAAGAGGUUCUGUUUCGAUGUCGAGGCCGUAGACAGGCAAGGCAUAAUCACCAUGCAGGCUCUGUCAGAGGAGGAUCGCAGGUUGUGGAUGGAGGCUAUGGAUGGUAGAGAACCGGUGUACAAUCUCAACAAAGACAACCAAACCGAAGGGAUGGCCCAACUGGAUGUCACCGGGUUCAACAUCAUGAAAAAAUUCAUCUACGCUGUGGAAACUCGAGGUAUUGAUGAGCAGGGCCUGUACAGAAUCGUUGGCGUAAACUCCAAAGUACAAAAACUACUGAGCCUGGCCAUGGAUCCUAAGACGUGUGCCGACGUGGAGCUGGACAACCCGGAGUGGGAGAUUAAAACAAUAACAAGUGCCAUCAAGUAUUAUCUCAGGAUGCUGCCUGCGCCUCUCAUGACGUACCAGUACCAGAGGAGUUUCAUCAAGGCUGCCAAGAUGGACAACCCAGAGGCCAGAGUGAAAGAGAUCCACGCUCUCGUGCACCGAUUACCUGAGAAGAACAGACAGAUGUUAGAGCUGCUGAUGAAACACCUGGCCAACGUGGCCAGUCACCACCAGCAGAACCUGAUGACUGUCGCCAAUCUGGGAGUGGUCUUUGGGCCGACUCUGCUCCGCCCACAGGAGGAGACGGUCGCAGCCAUCAUGGACAUCAAGUUUCAAAAUAUUGUAGUGGAAAUCCUCAUUGAGCAUCAUGAGAAGAUAUUCAGGGACGUGCCGAACUUGACCGUCAAUUCAACAAACAUGCAGCUCGACCAGUUGAGGAGGAAAAGCACUGAUGGCAAAGCACCGUCCUGCAGCGAGAGGCCUCUCACACUCUUCCACACACCAACACAUUCUCAGAAAGGUGAAAAGAGGAACAGUGUUGGCAACACCCCGGCCGCUGACCUACAACACCCAGUGUCUUCGUCUGCAAACUGCAAUAGCAGCAGCAGCAGCAGUAGCAGUGCCGGCAGCCACAACCGAACCCCUAGACACAGCCUGACCAGCAAUGACGGAGACCAGGACGGCCGGCAAAUCCGACCCAGCUCACUACUGAACCCCAAAAGUCGUGGCAGCAUACCAACAAGUGCAAUAUCUCCCAGCCCCACCUCGCCACGUUCCCCCUCCUGGCCAAUGUUCUCGGCGCCGUCAAGUCCACAGCCGAUCUCCUCUGCUUCCAGUGACUCUUCCCCAGUCAGUAUCACAGGCAGGAAGGCCCGAGCGCUGUACGCUUGCAAGGCAGAGCACGACUCGGAGCUGUCCUUCAUCGCCGGGACCGUCUUUGAGAACGUUCAUGCUUCCAGGGAGCCCGGAUGGCUGGAGGGAACUCUUGACGGUCGCACAGGUCUGAUUCCAGAAAACUACGUGGAGUUCCUAUAGCCCGAGCUGGACCAAGAAACAUAUCGUAGACCAAGCUGGACUUGACUGCACAAAACUUUCCUGUUAUCAUCUGAUUGACUGGACCAGGUUUUAUUGACUUUUGCGUUGACUUAAUUGGGGAAAAGAAACUGGACCAAGCAGAACCAUAUCAAAAGGGACAUAAGACAGGACUGAAGCAGUGUGGACUUUGCUUGAAUUGCACUGGGAAGAGGGAGAGAAAAUGUUUAAAUGCUGUUAUUGGAUUGUUGUGAGUGGAGUCCACGGUGAAGAAGAUCCACGUGUUUGUGUGUCAGCGAUGUAGAUAGCAUGAGAGUUUGAUAAGAUUCCUCCUAUAGGUGAGCUGAUAUCUUUGAGGUGAGAAUUUUUUUUUUUUUCCCCAACGUCUGAUUUAUUAUUUUGAUCUAGACUGUCGCGUCUUCAUCAUUCCUCCGUUUUCAUUAGGUAGAUACAGCGUUAUUGACAGGGAACAAGAUAAAUAGUAAGUGGCCUUCGGCUCAAAACCGCUGGUUCACCUUCCCAUUGUUUGAUCGCUAAUCCCCUUGGGAAAUUUGAGCCGAGGAAGCGGGCCCGAAAUGAUUGGGCUCGGCUGUAAACGUGUUUGCAAUCUGUCGUCGGGGUUAAUUCCAGGGGAAGAGACUCCGCCUGGCUGAUGUUUGGGAGUUAAACGGCCGUAGCCGCAGGGGCCGACCAGCAAGACGGAUGAGUGCUCUUCAAAUGGCUGGGGUCAGCGUCGGCGUCAUGCUCGUUUAUAACCCUUUUCCCCUCACGGAGUCAUCGCUAGGAAGGAAAGAAAAAGAAAAAAAAAAAAAAGACGAAAUGUGAAAAAUCUCAGACAGGAUCCACGGGCAGCUCAGCAGUUUACAGCGAGGCGUAGGAGUAGCGACUGAUUGCUGCUGGUUAAAACAAGCCCAGCUGCAAGGCCUCGCUGCGAGUGGAGCGAUCGUGAGUCAUGCUUGCACUAUGUUGGUCCAUUCUUGGAAUUCUAAUCAACCAGGAAGCUUUUUCCCCUUUUAACGUAACAAAGCACCUGUAUAAUUUUUUUUUUUCCCCGUGAGGCAGAUUCUGAGGCUUUAAUGUCAGCAGCCCCAAAAUAGAAAACACUUCAUUCACCAGCAUUGAUCUUAUUAUGAGGAGUUAUAAGGACAAUGCUAAAGCCUAAUGAUGUGAGAGAGAUGGACAUUUUGAUUUUAUAGUUAAUGAAAUGUAGAAUAUUUUCUGGGCUGCAGCGACUGCUGUUUUUUUUUUUUUUGUUUUGUUUUGUUUUUUAUAUUGAGUUGAACCACUUUGUGAAUGUUUUGGUAAUUAACUUUUUUCCUAUUUUAUCUUUUAUUAUCAACAGGAUUCUUCUUUAAAGAGUUUUUGAAACAUAAAAAAAAUGGGAGAAUUAAAAAAAAUAAGUAAGCUAAUGUGAAAUGAGACUACUUUGUUCAUAUAUAAACUUAUUUAUAAGAUUUUCUUAAAGGUAAAAUCCUGGACUUCAUCCUUUUGAGGUGUUUUAAUGAUCCUGUAAAUAAAAACUAAGCAUUUUGAUGGGGUAUAUUUUUUUCACAGGUAUGAAAUUUUAUAUUUUUUAUUUCUGGCGUACUAACUUAAUUCCUUUAUUGCUUCUUUUGCCAGAUUUUUCUGUCAUUUAUGUCUGUCCACGGCCUUAAAUAUUCCUGCAGAUGUUUUGGUGAAGGAUUGUGAAGAAUAAAAUUGACUUCUUGAGCA